AUGGCCUCCACAUCUUCCAACGACACGCCUUUCCCAGCAACACCUUACAAGCCCAAAUACGCCACAUGGCCUUAUAAUCCAACCGAUUUCCAGCGCUCCGACGAAACCGACGACGACAUAUUCUACCACCAAGCACGCCUAGUCACGCACAUCGACGACCCAGCCAUCACCCGUCUAACCGCCUACUACGAUACCAUACUACCCCGCACCGGCAAGAUAAUCGACAUGUGCACGAGCUGGAAGAGUUUCUACCCUCCCUCCAUUCAUGAAGCGGUGCAGAAGAAAGACCUGGAAGUCUACGGCGUGGGCUUAAACGCAAAGGAGAUGAGUCUCAAUAGCGUUUUUCAAGACGAGGAGCACUGGAGGGUAGUGGACUUGAAUAAAGCACCGCAUGAUGUGCGAGAUGCGUGGGAAAGGGAGGGAAAAGAGUUGGCGUUCGAUGCGGUGACGUGCGUGGUUAGCAUUGAUUAUUUGAUUGAGCCAUUGGCGGUAUGCAGGAAUUUGCUCGACGCGACGAAGGAGGGGGGAAGGGUACAUUUGGUUAUUAGUAAUCGGUGUUUUUCGGACAAGGUGGUUGGGAGGUGGAUGGUGCUUAGUGAGCGAGCGAGGCUGGAACUCGUUGGAGAUUAUCUUCACUUUGCAGGCUGGAGUGAUGUAGAGAUUGUAGACCUGUGUGCAAGAGGUGAAGAUGGACGGAGAAUCACGGAUGAUCAUGGUACUGUACUGGUCGAUUCGCCGAGAUUGCCGGGUCAUCUUGAUCCGCUGUGGGUUGUGAGAGCCACGAAGGCUACCUGA